CUUCUCAAUAUGAAAAGCUAAAGACAAAACAAAUACCCAGAAGAAGGAGAAGAAGAAGGAGAAGAAGAAGAAGAAGAGCAGAAGGAGAGAGAGAGUGCGUUCUCUUCUUUUCAUUUCACUUAUUAUUAGGGGAAAAAAAAAUCUCUCCUUUUUGUUAUUGGUAGAACGCCCAUCAGCCUUCUUCCCUCUCUCUCUCUCUCUGUUCUCUACUUCUCUCCAUCGCCAUCAUUGUCCUUCUGUUCAGCUUUUUCUCUCUCUCUCUCUCUCUCCAUCUCUCUUAAGAGACCACUUUCUGGUGCCUUUCUCCCCUUUUGAUCCCUCCUCUCCUCUCUGUUGAAUCACUUCAAAUCCUUCAUUCCUUCCGAACCGGUUUCUCACUCCUUUGACCCUCCAAAACAGCCUGCUUCUGGGGCUGAUUCUUCAUUUGGGUCCUCGCGGGGGUUCAUCAAGGAUGACCGUUGAGAGCAGGAAAGGUGGUCUCUUGGGUGGAGAAGAGGGCAGCAGAGACAUGUUCCCUGUGGGCAUGAGGGUCUUAGCCGUGGACGAUGACCCUACUUGCCUCAAGAUUCUGGAUAAUCUGCUCAGAUACUGCAAGUAUCACGUUACGACGACGAAUCAGGCAGUCAUGGCCCUGAAAAUGUUGAGGGAAAAGAGGGACGAGUUUGAUUUGGUUAUUAGCGAUGUGAACAUGCCCGACAUGGAUGGAUUUAAGCUUCUUGAGCUCGUCGGUCUUGAAAUGGACAUCCCUGUCAUCAUGUUGUCUGCUCAUAGUGAUUAUGAGCUUGUUAAGAAGGGUGUCACUCAUGGUGCCGUCGAUUACUUGAAUAAGCCCGUUAGAGUUGAGGAGCUCAAAAACAUAUGGCAGCAUGUUGUUAGGAGAAAAAAAAUUGAGCCCAAGGAUCAGAACAAGUCUUCGAGUGGGGAUAGAGCUCAUAGUGGAACUGGGGAAGUUGGGCAGGGAGCAUCAGUUGGAACUAAUUCGGACUUGAAUGGGAAAGUCAAUCGAAAGAGGAGCGACCACGAUGAAGAAGAGGAUGAUGAGGGUGAAGAAAAUGGGCGUGAGAAUGAGGACUCUUCGUCCCAGAAGAAGCCGCGGGUUGUUUGGUCCGUGGACCUGCACAGGAAGUUUGUUGCCGCUGUCAACCAAUUGGGACUUGAGAAGGCUGUUCCAAAGAAAAUUCUUGAUCUGAUGAAUGUUGAAGGCCUCACAAGGGAAAAUGUGGCAAGUCAUCUUCAAAAAUAUCGGCUAUACCUGAAAAGAAUCCAUAAUGCGGCCAGUCAACAAGCAAAUUUAGUUGCUGCCUUGGGGAGCAAAGACCCGUCAUAUAUGCGUUAUGGCUCACCUGACGGAUAUGGAGACUUUCGAGGUUUGACUGGGCCCGGAAGGCUUUCGGCUACGUCUCUAUCCUCAUAUCCACCUGGUGGAAUGCUGGGUAGAUUGAACACUCCCGCAGGCUUGGGCUUUCGUGGAAUUUCCUCUACAGGGCUUCUACAGCCAACUCACUCUCACAACUCGGGAGGCUCGGCUCAUUUCAUGGGGCAUCUCCAGUCUCAGGGGGCUAUCAACCCAAGCUCGACACUAUUCCAGGGUAUCCCAUCUACAUUGGAGGUCAAUCAGCUGCAGCCACAGAGCAAGGUUGUCGGGGCUGUGCGAGAGCUCAAUGUGGUGGACCCAAUGGCUCUUAGAGUAUCCAAUAAAAUCACUGACCCGCUUAUGGCUGCAAGUAGCUCUAGCAACAACUCAUUAUCCAUUGUCUCGAGCAACCAUUUGCUCUUACAGAAUAACAGAAUCAAGCCUUCUGUUCAAGUAGGGCCAUUGCAUUCACAGCCGGUGGAUCUGGGUCCCAGCAGUUCUGGUUUCAUAGAUCAGAGUCGAUGUAAUGACAGCUGGCACGGUGGGACAGCCCAGAAUUCCAAGUUCUCGUCUAUAAAUAAUCAUAUGCCCUUGAGUGAACCUCUUAAUAACUUCCAACUGCCUCCAAAUGGAAAUUUCUCAUCGACCACUUCUCAUGUUCGAGACAGCCAGAUAGAUUUCUCGUCUCCAAGUGCAGUAUCUGGGGUCUUGGAUGAUUCGAGACGGGGGGUUCCUUGUCAAGGGGGUCUGAUCAGUAAUAAUAACAGUACUGUUCAGAAUGUCAGCAGCUAUGGACAAGGUUUUGGCGCAAUGAAUUCUUUAAUUCCUGCUAGUGGUUUUGUUGGCCAGAAAGUGCACCACCAGGAGACUGCCUUCUGCAGUAGAAGUUCUGAUGCUCCUCUGAUUGGACAAUCAAAUUCUGCUGUUGUUCCGGCUAAUAUUCCGCAGUCAAAAGGUGAAAUAUCUUCCUUGGACUCCAACACAAGGUCUUCUGAGAAUUAUCUGUCGGACCAAACAAAGACGCACGAUGACUUCUUUCAAAGUCCCUUUGAACCAUUAGAUGAGCUGAUGAAUGCAAUGAUCAAACGGGAACAUAAUGAUGGAAGUCUGCUGGAUGGAGACUUGGGGUUUGAUCCUUAUCCCCUCGGUUCAUGCAUUUGAAGUCUUAUAAUUUUUGCCCUGCUGCUGCUGCUGCUGCUAGUUCUCGGAGAAACCGAGAAGUGUGUACCAUUUGUGUAAUUUUAGUUGUUUCCAUCCCCCUGUUAGGAAGUAGUUCUGUUCUUUCUCCUCAUCCUAAUUCAUUGUCUAGACUUGUCUAGUCUGCUAUGAAGUUCUGCUAAUAACGUGCUCCUUCCUCGCAUAAUCCUUCUAGUAGCUGUCAUCUUCUUUUCCUUGUUUCCUAAGGUACGAUGAGAUGUUUAUAAAUAUCAGACUCUGGGAAAAUUCCUCUUGCCUC